AUGAAGUUCUCUCAGCUCUCUGCUGUCAUCCUCGCCCUCGGAGCCAACGAGGUCUACGCCCAGCGCCGAUGGGGCCUGGGUAACUGGCGCGGCGUUAACCGUCAGGGACCAAACCGCUACAACUACAACAACAACAACGGUAUUGUCCAGAUCGACAACAACUGGCAGGGUCAGAACAACAACCAGAACGGUGGCAACAACAACAACAAUGGAGGCAACAACAACAACGACGGCGGCAACCGUCCCGCGGACGACGGUCUCUACGGUCAGUCUGUAGCCUACGUCCAGCCGACCCCGAACGCCAACAAGGAGAACAACGAUAUCCAGAACAACAACCAGGCGCUCGGUCUCGGCGGUGGUGGCGGUCAGCCCCAGGCGACUGGCAGUGGCGCCGUACCCGUCCCGUCUAACCCUCUGGGAGGUGUCGCUGUGAACGGCAACCCCAACGCGGACGCAUUCAAAGACUCCGCCUCUGGGGUUUCCCUUCCUGACGCCGCUGGACCUGUCGACAACAAUGAUAUCGUUGCCGGCCGUGGUACUCAGUACCUGUACGUUUGGGCUGGUGCCGACGGCCGUGUAAAGCAGGACCGCGUCAUCACUUUCAACUUCGAUCCCUACUCUCCAUACUACGGCAAGCCGGUUUCCCAGGCCCUUGUCCCCACCUCUGGUAACGAGCCCCACCACUGUGGUAUCUCCAAGGACAGGCGUUCGUUGGUCUGCGGAGGCUUCCUCUCCUUUAUGAAGAGGCAAGACGAGAUUUACUACUUCGAUCUCUCCAACCCCGCCUACCCCCGUUACGCCAAGUCUUACCGCGGCAUCGCUGCCUCCGUUCCCGACGAGUUCAUCGCCCUUGAGGACAAUACCUUCAUUCUCUCCGAGAUGGGCAAGUACGACGGCUCUUCGCCGGGUCGUGUUGCUCGCCUGAACUCGGACGGCUCCAUUAUCGCCGAGUACCCGCCCAACCCUCCCCAGGACUUCAACCCUCACGGCAUGGACAUCCGCAAGGACCUCAACAUCUUCGUCACCUCGGACUACCUGAACGCUCUCUCGGCUCUGUACUACACGGGCAAUGCUGACCCGAUUGUGCGCUCUUCGCUCCGCGUCUGGAACCUGCAGGACUUCACCAUGUCCAACAACACGAUCUACCUCCCCGCCGGUACCGGAACCAUGGACAUGCGUCUGAUGAAGCGUGACCCUCAGGGCCGUGGCUACGUGGGCGGCACUGGUGACGGCAAGAUCUACUUCUUCAACCCCUUCACCUUCACUGCUGAGCUUGUCAUCGACGUUGCCGACAUUGUCAACAGCAUUUACAUCCUUUAUGCCUCUGCUCCUGACAACACGGGUAAGCCCGGCCACCUCUCUGGUAUCGGCGUUUACGACAUCACUCGCCCCGAGCGUCCUCGUCUCGUUCAGAACAUGGUGCUUCCUGCGUAUGCUGCGCCGCACCUGAUCCACAUCAAGGACCGUCGCCUCGUCGUUACCGACUACUUCCUCGACAUGGACAACUUCGGAAAGGUCCACGCCGACGGUGACCGCUUCGUCCGUGUCUUCAACAUCCAGCCCAACGGAUACAUCACCGUUGAGUCGCGCUUCCAGAUCAACUUCAGCCGCCUUGUUUACGGCGUCCAGCUCCGUCCUCACGGUCUCGGUUGGUGGUACAAGGACCAGUAUUAG